AGUGCAUGAAGGAUGGACCGAGCAUUCGUGAAGGUCGCUAGCGCGAUUGGCCAAGGCGAAAAACGGGGUUGACAUGUAUGUCACCGUUGACCUAUUGUCUGACCUGACAAGGACAUGUUGGCCCUGUAGGAAUGGACAAAAGUGCCUGAGGGAAAAUAACAGUUUAGAGCUAGAACGUGGAUAUGGGCUGUACUCAGUCUGACCAUACGCCGUUCACUAUAUGCCCUUUGUGGACUGCCCCCCCUCAUAUCCCUAUAGUGAAGCAUCUAUUUGUCACUACUUUGCAUGUGAAGACUGUCCCAGUAGGGCAGCCCCGCGUCAGUGGGGAUUGAAGUGCCGAUACCGAUAGACACUUCGCUGAGAGAAGCACGUACCUGUGGAUAGACUAGCUCAAGCAGAGUGAGGUCACCCACAGCUGGAUAGCUGAGUUAAGGAGACCAAGCAGAACCACUACAAUCAUGGAGCCAAGGAAGCUUCAGACACAUCUAGUAUGUGGCUGAUGUUGCUGUGCAAUACAGGCAAUGGUGAAAAUGUCACUCCAUGGUGAGGGCUGGGGAGGCUGGCUCCUGUGCUACACCUAUGCUGUGUGUAAACAAACGUGUGACUUGAGGCAGGACUCCAGAGGAGACUAUGGUCGUUGAGGUCAGGAGUUCUGCCAGCUUAUCAAGGCCCUGUGCCUUGCGCUAGGUGUGCUGAUUCUUCCCAACAAAUGGCGCCAAGGGGGUAUCCACUGCUAAUUGCUUGGAGUAAUGUCCUGAGGCACCGCGUUGCUGGUGAGCGGACUGUCUGUCCCAGGGUCAGAGCUACAGGAGAAGGCUGAGACUUCUUGGGGAUCCUCCAGUUCUGUGAGGGAGGACUCCUUGUGACGACCUGUGUGAAUGUGGGCUUCUGGAGAUUCAGGGCUUGCUUCUGGGGAUUCAGGGCUUGCUUCUGUGGUAACAGGGAGCCCAGCGCCUCACUCGCCUUUUCUUAGAAUUUAACCUGGCCUGGUGGGAUCGAUCUGUCCAUUCAGGUAGGGCAGCGCAUCUGAUUGCCUUCGAAGAAAGGUCAGUUAUUGACUCCUGCCCUACCUCUUCAGUCUGGCUGGGUAGCACAAACUGAGCAGAGGAGAAAUUCUUCAGUGGUGUAAUCCAUCUGCGGGUGCUGCCUAAUGUGGCAAGAGACAUGCCGUCGUCCUCACAUCCGGCUUCGUCGGCAUGUCCACUCCCUGGUAAAAGUGGGGAUUCUCCGAAUCAGCCUGAAGCGCAGACUGAGGGGAUGCCUAAAGUAGCUUCUCCCUCUGGGACUUCGUUGUCAACUGAGUUGUCCUCGCGCAGGUAUGAGGCCUGGGCAAUAUCAAACCAAAUUUAUUUAUAUAGCCCUUCGUACAUCAGCUGAUAUCUCAAAGUGCUGUACAGAAACCCAGCCUGAAACCCAGCCUAAAACCCCAAACGGCAAGCAAUGUAGGUGUAGAAGCACGGUGGCUAGGAAAAACUCUCUAGAAAGGCUGAAACCUAGAGGAACCAGGCUAUGUGGUGUGUCCAGUCCUCUUCUGACUGUGUCGGGUGGAGAUUAUAACAGAACAUGGCCAAGAUGUUCAUAAAUGACCAGCAUGGUCCAAUAAUAAGGCAGAACAGUUGAAACUGGAGCAGCAGCACGGCUAGGUGGACUGGGGACAACAAGGAGUCAUCAUGCCAGGUAGUCCUGAGGCAUGGUCCUAGGGCUCAGGUCCUCUGAGAGAGAAAGAGAAUUAAAGAGAGCACACUUAAAUUCACACAGGACACCGAAUAGGACAGGAGAAGUACUCCAGAUAUAACAAACUGACCCUAGCCCCGACACAAACUACUGCAGCAUAAAUACUGGAGGCUGAGACAGGAGGGGUCAGGAGACACUGUGGCCCCAUCCGAGGACACCCCCGGACAGGGCCAAACAGGAAGGAUAUAACCCCACCCACUUUGCCAAAGCACAGCCCCCACACCACUAGAGGGAUAUCUUCAACCACCAACUAACCAUCCUGAGACAAUACUUUCCAUGUUCUUCAUGUCUAAGGACACGAGUCCAGCUGAGCGCAAUGCACACAACUAGCGGGGUCGAUGGGAGCCUCCAUAGCGUAUUCAACGCAGUGGCAAAUAGUACAGCGCGUACGGGAAUCCGUCCCGGACGUGUAAUGCCUGCAGUUGCCAGGGUGAGCGUUGCUAAGCUUUUGCUGCUUUUUCUCCCCUUUCCCUGAGACAUGGCCAGUAAGCCUGUUGGACAUUGCGUUUCAACAGCACGGACAAAAGCAAAUGGAAUUACCUGGGGGCUAGCUAGCCACUCCACGCGCUGCUCCUACAAUGGGAAUUUGGGAGAGACACUGGGUAAUGUGAGCUUGAGCCAGGUACGACUCCAAGUUCAGAGUGUGGACAGACCUCUGUACCGCGGCACAUAUCAUUGCUUCCAGUCUAUCGUAAGGCAAGAGUCGAUGACGGGUCUGUACAAAGGCAUUGGCUCCCCCAUGAUGGGUCUGACCUUCAUCAACGCCAUUGUGUUCGGUGUCCAGGGCAACGCCAUGCGCAGGCUGGGCCACGACACGCCGCUCAACCAGUUCCUGGCCGGGGCGUCGGCGGGCGCGUUGCAGAGCGUCAUUUGCUGCCCCAUGGAGCUGGCCAAGACGCGCAUGCAGCUGCAGGGGUUGGGUGAGAGGAAGUCCAAGCAGAAGCUGUACAAGAACUCUCUGGACUGCCUGGUGCGCAUCUACCGGAAGGAGGGCUUCCGCGGUAUCAACCGGGGUAUGGUGACCACGCUAGUCCGCGAGACACCGGGUUUCGGGAUCUACUUCCUUACCUACGAUGUACUGACGCGCUCUCUGGGCUGCGAACCCGAUGACCCCUACAUGAUCCUCAAGUUGCUGUUUGCCGGAGGCAUGUCGGGCAUUUCCUCGUGGAUCUCCACCUACCCUGUGGACGUCAUAAAGUCCCGGCUCCAGGCGGACGGCGUGGGCGGCCACAACAAGUACAAUGGCAUCGCUGACUGUGUGCGUCAGAGCCUGAAGCGGGAGGGCUGGCGGGUGUUCACGCACGGCCUCACCUCCACGCUGCUCCGUGCGUUCCCUGUCAACGCCACAACCUUCGCCACCGUGACUUUGUUCCUCAUGUAUAUGCGAGACGAUGAGGGCGCCGUCAAUGACUGCGAGCCCCAGCAUGCCCACUCCUCUGUCACUGUGAACCAACAGCAGGCCCAGCCCUCAAGCUUGUGAAUGGGAGAAGGUGGUGUUUCUGCUCUGGUGACCCUUAUUGGGUUGGAAGUGGUCCCACAAUGCACCAGCUAAUAAGCGGAUGUGACUUGACCGCUCAACGUCAGGCUCACGAAGGCUAUUUUUACAAGAUGUAUGUUCAGAUGGUAAACCGCGCUUGUAAAUACUUGUCCCAUUUUGACCCCUAGUUUUGUACAGAGCACACUUUUUUAUAUAUAUAUAUAUAAUUGUUUAGUCUUUUUGAGAACUAAUUGGGGAAAGAAACUAGCAGUGAAAAAGCACAAAUGUCUGAGCUAGUCAUCCCUUAUGCAUGUAUAUGUGUGCACAGCUGAGUAUAUUUGUCUGAAGGGCUUGUGGUAAUGACUGGAGUAGUAUCAAACGCAUGGUUUCCAGGCGUUUGACACUGUUCCAUUUGUUCCGUUCCGGCCAUUUAUUAUGAUCCGUUUUCCCUUCAGCAGCCGCCACUGGUCUGAAGGUAUGUACAUAUACUCUACUGUACAUGAAGCUUUACUAUUAAAAUACUCAUUUAGUAGAGUCCUCGCCAGGGAUUCCAAACUAAGGGUCCAUUCACACAGCUUGGGGGGGAACUCAUCCAGAAAGGAAGCCAUUUUAUUGGUUCUAAUCAAUGAUUCUGCCGGCUAGGACCAAUGAAAUUACUUCCUUUGCAUGGAUUUUUACGGCGAGCAGUGUGAAUGCACCCAUAGGUCAGAGUGAAGAUUCUCUCAAGUAACUGUUUAAAAUCUCCCCUGUUGGAAUGACACUGGGUCUCUGCAUUACCUGGUUCCUGAUUUUAAAUGACUCUUGGCUGAAUUUACACAGGUCGCCCAAUUCUGAUCUUUUGCCCAAUUGUUGGUGAAAGAGCUGAUCUGUUUGUUCAAAAUACCAGUUGUUGCCAAAUAGAUCAGAAUUGUGCUGCCUGGGUAUAAGCAGCCUUCGUUCUUCUCGAUAAUCCUAAAGUUAAACAGUCAUGGAUUUCAACUCUGUCUUGUCUCAGACCUUGUAAAGGUGACGCAUUAUGUCUCAUUUUAUUGAAAGAUUCAGCAUUAACUGAAAUAUUUGCUGAUGAGUGCUGAAAUGUCAUGCAUGAAGUGCAGCGCAAAAAUGAUAAUCGUUUUGAUAGUACAAUAGAAUUGUACUUUAUUUGAGGCGGCAUAGUCCCUAGCAGUAUAAAUCUACAGCCUGAUUGUUAAAUUUUGGGCAAAAGUAGUACAAUUUUUUUUUUUUUUUUACAAACAAACAUGAUAUUGACUCUACAUCUCUUUUAUUUUCUAAAUUAUUCUACAAGUAUGAUAUAUGUGAAAGUAAUCUCUUGAAUAUUGCGUCUUUUCACGUACAGAUUUGAAUUGCAACCGUGUGGUUCACAAGAACGUGUCACAUAACUAGUUUCUAUAUGGUUGACGACACUGCUUGUACAGAGAUGUGUUACUCAUGAUGUAUUUAUACUGUGAAUUUGGGUCAGUGCUUUCGCUCCCUCGUCUUGUUUCUUUUAUAGCACCUAGACAUUCGAGGGCAACUCGACUAAAUGGAAUGCUGCCUCCUUUCUGUUUUACUGUGAUGUAAAAUGACCAUUCGGAGCUAGAUAUUUGGUCAGAAGAGCACAAGUGCUUGACGAGGCCAGUUACUCUUAAUUUGUACGUGUCAUAUUUGUUCUGUAUCGGUUGUAAUGUCUUACAACCAAAGCAAUAUGUGGAAAAAACAUGUCAGAAUAAAACUGAUAUGAAUCUUUGUUGUGUCUUUUCAAGCCACGGUAACUGAAAGAGUAGCAUUGUCUGUAUUUCUGCCCAAGGCCAGGAUUCAAUACGAUCGCCAUUUUUAAGGUCAUUUCCGAUUUUGAGCUGACAUACAGCGAUGGGUCUACUGAACAUUGCUUUUAAAAAGGUGCGUUGUCAUCAACAACGCGAUCGUAAUGUGUGUAAGGCUAAGCCUGAUGCUGUGUUUCAUAACCUCCUAGUAAAUGGCAGCAUACGGACUGGGAAUAAAUCAACUUGAACGUUCCUCCCAACUGUAGUUUCCCCACUGGUAAUUACGUCUUAUCCCGAGCCCCUACUCCUCCCACAUGCUGACCUCUGCUAAAGAAAUGCCUUUAACAGCAGAAACAAAAUAUUAUUCACUGAUCUUUUAAUAUAGUUUUGGAACACCAUUAUUUGUUUGAGUGUGAUAGCUGUGCUUUCACUUUAUGGUUGACAGUUUGUUUGCCAUUAGCCAAUUGACAUUCUCAAAGUGUUUAAAGCAUUUGAAGGCACACAACUCGUUGCUCGUAGUUUACAGCCCAGGCAAAGCUCUUCUCUGUCCCAGGAACCCCAAUGGUGGAACCAGCUUCCCCCAGAAGCUAGGACAGCAUAUUCAUAGUCUGGAAAAACUCACCUACAGUGGGGAGAACAAGUAUUUGAUACACUGACGAUUUUGAGUGUGUGGGACGGGUGUCUUUUAUACAGGUAAUGAGUGGAGAACAGGAGGGCUUCUUAAAGGAAAACUAACAGGUCUGUGAGAGCCAGAAAUCUUACUGGUUGGUUGCAUACUUACGUCAUGCAAUAAAAUGCAAAUUACUUAAUCAUACAAUGUGAUUUUUCUGGAUGUUUGUUUUAGAUUCCGAUUCUCACAGUUGAAGUGUACCUAUGAUAAAACAUGACAGACUUCUACAUGCUUUGUAAGUAGGAAACACUGCCGAUUUUGCAGGUUAUCAAGUACUUGUUCUCCCCCACUAUAAUGUGAUAUGUGGUUGUCCCAGCUAGCUACAUUUUUUUUUUUAAAGAUGAAUGCCUUAGUUUAAGUUCUGGAUUAGAGCGUCUGCUAAAUGUGAUACCUUGUUGAUCAGUGCAUAUCAGUAUCCAGCUACCAUAUGUUAAAUCAUAGUAUAGGUACCCCUCAAACUGAAGGGGACAGGCACAGUUCUAGAACAAGAUUUUGAAGACAAAAAAGGUCCAAGAAUGUGUUUUAAUUUUUUUAUUCUAGGGCAAAACAAGGAAAUAAUUUCUGAAAUGGUGGUUUGGAGAAAGGAGUCGUGUGUGUGUGUGUACGUGGAUAGGGCUUUGUUACCAUCAACAAGUCAAAGUACAAUCCCUUUCUCAAACACAGCACUGUUAUAUUCAGACCCUUGACAGAGUUAUGGGCUAUAUCAAUCCAUAGUGCAUGCUCGUUCCCAGAGUCUUCUUAUGUAAUGUAAUUGUACUUAUAUGCAAUUGUUAUAAAGACUGGAAUGCAACCAGUGUAAGUGCAGGUAACAGCAGUCGACCAAUGACGUGUCCUAGAGUCACUUCUUGUGGUUCAGACAGACUACUAAUCUCGCUUGCCAGACUCCUGGAAUUCCACCCCUAGAAUGUGGGAAAGACAACGGCUGUGCGAAGACACUACAGACAAGGUUGAAAUUGCAUGUUAUCUGCUACAGUCAAAUAUUGAACAAACAGGAUAUGAAUCUAACAUUAAGAAAUCUAGGAGUAUGAACUUCAUUUUGUGUACUUAUAUCUGUCAAUGUGUUUUGACUGAAUCAUGUCAAAUACUUUUGUGAAUUUUGUUUUGGAAUAAAGCAAUUUCGUUAUAGAAAAA